AUGGAAGAAUACAGCUCACCAUCAAAACUGUCAGUAAAUACUCAACGACUAUCCGCUAUGAUUGAUUCUUUGGGUAGUCCGAAUGCUGAAGAACCACUACCGGCAGAAAAUAAUACCACAUCUUCUCAUCUAUCACAUCACACCACAUCAUCACCAGCGCCGCAAUCAGAAGAUACUUUUACUUCAUCUCUUAAGAAGUCGACUUUUCAAAUGCCUCGUUCUCCGGCGACUGAUAAUCUCAAUAAUAGAGCUAGUGUGUUAUCAAAUUAUUCUGGAGUUGUUGAUCAUGCAAUUGAAGUGUCAUAUGUGGUAAGAAACAGCCCUUCUAAAAGUAUUAAAAAUAGAGAUGAGACUGGUAAAGAAGAUACGGAAGAAAACGGUAACAAUAGCGAGUUACAGACCAAAGUACCAGAAUCAACUACUGAUGGUGAGGUUGUGAUCCAAUCGGUCCAGAAUGCGAAGCCUGUCGGACGUUUUGGAUCCUUUAAUCGAUCCGUGAGCUCUAAAAUCAUACCAUCAGAUAAGGAUUCGAAUAGCAAAAAAGCUGAAUCAAUCCAUUUGGCUACAACUUCAAAAAAGCCGCUACACUCAUCUAUUGGCUCUGGUAAUCUAGCGAGUGAAAGUGGCACAUCUUCUUACUCAUAUGAUCAGACCUUGAAAAACUUGGAUCAGCAAUUACAGAUACCUGAUGUAGAUGAUGAAAGUUCAAUAACUUCUAGUGCAAACAUGCCAUCAUUAGCAACUAAUAAAUACACAAAAAGCCAAGAAGACAUUGAGGUACCGCAUUUGAGGACAGAAACUACUGCAUUUAAUCCAACAAUUCCACCAAGGAGCAAGGACAGGCCCAGAUCUAGGAUAUUUGGAACUGAAGAGAAUCAAUCAGAGGCAAUUUCACCACCACAAAGGCCAAUUAACCAUAACUAUUCUCGUAGUGACGCUGCUAAAUCCGAAAGUUAUUAUUCUGCCAUUAGCUAUAAUUCCCAGGAGGAUUUACAUGAAAAAUCUCAAAAUGCAGGAAGCGAUGAGUUACCUAUGGAUGAUUCUUAUUUGAGCCGUCCGCUACCCAUUACUCCUCACAACAAUCGCGAAAUUUACCGUGAUGACACUAUUAAAGCAUUCAGUGGAAGGCCUGAGCUUCCAUCUAAAAACUCCUUUGUUGACAAUAGUAAUGAAUACGAAGAUAUUUUAGAUGAGGACGAAGCGGAAGAGUUUCAAUACGCGCCGGUUCAUCAGGAAAAUAGUCAAAAGAAUACACCUAUUCAAAAGGUUAACCAACCAAACAAACUAAAAUCGAAAAAGAAAAACAAAAAGAAGAAUACAAGGGAGGAUAUUCAAUCCUUUGACAUCGAAACUUUAAACCAGCUAGUGAAUGUAACAAAGGGCACAUUAAUUGGUUCAGAAUUCUCCAACCUAGGCAUGAGGACUGAAGAGAAGAAGGCACUUGAACGUUUAGUUGACUCUCUAUCUAGAUUGACGGCCGAUAUGGUUCUGGAUCCUGAAAGAUAUGAAGAGGGUUUAAAACGGUUGGACAAAGCUACAAGGGCACUUGAAGGUUUUUACUGA